GCUCGUCCUUGUUUGGCCUCAGCUGCAUCAGAGCUCCACUUCUCCCCAGGUUCACCAGAGGAAACACCACGGCACAAAAUGCUUUUCCUCCCAGCUGCUGCUCUGUGCUGUCUGUGUUCAGCGCUGGUUGCCAUGGCAGCAGAGCUGAUUCAGGACCAGUUAUCAUUGACCAGGAGAGUUGGUGAAACAGUCUCCUUCAGCUGUGGAGGAACUCAGCAGUGUGACUAUGAUUAUGUAUUCUGGUACCAGAAGAAAGAGAAAGAAACAUUCAGUCUGAUUCUGUACAUUAAGAGAGAUGAUGGCUCCAUAAAUUCAGGUUACAAUCAUCCUCAGAAAGAUGAUUUCACAGCUGUUAAUAAACAGAACGGCUGUGAGUUGAAGAUAAAGAAAGUUAAACUCUCUCAUUCAGCCUCCUACUACUGCUCCUGUUAUAAGGAUGAUCCCCACAAUAUGAUCCUGGUUCAUAAUGUGGACUCCUUCACCUCAGCUGACACAUUCAACAGCAGACAGGUUUUUGUAUCAGUCUCUUUCACUGUGGGAGGAUAUGUGCACCUCAUCUUUGGCUCUGGAACUAAACUGUAUGUAACAGAUGAGGCCGUAGUGAAGCCCGUGGUGAGCGUGUACCCAGCAGCACCCAGAGCCCACCCUGAGGGGAAGAGCUCCCUGCUGUGUCUGGCCUCAGCCAUGUCUCCUCCUCUGGUCCAGUUCUCCUGGAAAAGACAGAAGGAGGAUGGUCCUCUGGAGGAGCUGAAACCUGAUGAUGGAGAGCAGCUGGAGCUCAGAGAGUCGGGACGCACCGCCGCCAUCUUGCUGAUCCAUCAGCCAGAGAACAGCACAUAUAAAUACCGCUGCUGCGUCGAGCACGAGGGCGGCAAAGUGGAGGCCCAAACACAACAAGAGGUUCCAGCUCCAGCAGCCCCCUGUCCUCCAGAGAGAGAGCCAGCAGACCUGGCAGCUCUGCAGCAAGAUGACUUUGCAGUGGUUCCCCUGGAUCCUCUCCAGCCUCAGUGCAGGGUGAAGCUGCUCUGUCUGCUCUACACAGUGCUGAUAGUGAAGAGUCUGGUGUACUGCUGUGGACUCUCUCUGCUGAUGAUCCUCACAAACAAGGGACCGUCCACCAACUGCACACAUGCUGACUGACUGUUUUCUGCUGGCCUUUUCUCACCAUCAAAUCUCAUCACUUCAUCUCAUUUAUCUCUUUGAUCGCUGUUCACAAAUUUAAGCCAAAUGUAUCUUUAUAUUCACAGGUUAGAUACAGUCUGUCUACUAAUAUAAAAACAUAUGGAGACAUAUAUUAUAUUUUACUUGUCACAUUUGCAUUUUUCAUUAUUUCUUUAUUUUGAUGCUGUAUUUUUUUCCACUUUUAAUUAUGACUUGUGUAAUCAGCUGCUUGGCAGAUAUUUAUGUUAUUUUUUUUCUCUCCUUGUUUCAUCUUAUAUCUUAUACAGGCCUAUAUUUUAUUCUGACAAAAAUUAUUUCAGUUUUACUCUUUGAAUAAAAUGAAAAAUCACA